AUGGCAGACCAUGAUAGUGCCAAAUACUGGGCUAAACAGGGCGUUCGUCGAGGAUUACAGAAGACUCGCUACUACUGCCAAAUAUGCCAAAGGCAGUGCAAAGAUGCAAAUGGAUUCCAAUCACAUAAUAAAUCGCCCUCACACUUAAGGAAAGUUGGCCAGGUGACAGCGGAAGACGCUAAACGAUACAAUGAUCAGUUUGAGAAGGGUUUUCUGCAGUUGCUGAAGCAGCGGCAUGGAGAAAAAUGGGUCGAUGCUAAUAAAGUUUACAAUGAGUAUGUCCAGGACCGCGACCACAUCCACAUGAAUGCAACCAUGCAUCGCUCUUUGACGCAGUUUGUUCGUCACCUGGGUCGAGCUGGAAAAGUGGACGUUGAUAUAGACAUGGAUGACAAAUCUGAGAAUGUUGAAGGCCCCUUGCUCAUCAGGGUGCAUUCAUCCUCUCUAUUGCCACCUUCAGAGGAAGGUUUCCUACAAGAUCAACAAGAGGAACAAGAAACGGUAGCCGCCGAGCUUUUGAAAAGACAGGUUGAUCGUGCCAAGCGACAAAUACUAGAGCAGGACGAACUGCCCCAACCCAAGCUUAAAGCGGAAAUAAACGAAGACAUCACCUUAGAGCCGGUGCGAGUCGCUUUCCACGGUGUCGGGCGGGUAAACAAGAAGAAAAAGAAGGCUCUUCCACGGAAGGACGGGAUCAAGUUCCGAUGA